GUUAAGUCCUACCUUUGAACCUAUAACAGGUUCAAAGAUUGCCUGGGUGCAAUGCUUUUCUUUUAUUAAAGCCGCUUGAGCAAAGAGAGCAGGUACAGACCCGCCGCAAGGAUUGCUUGGGAAACGGACAUAUUUCAAGCCUCCAUGUGAAUCUAGGCUGGACAAACUCUUACCCACUGUUGUGUUUGUGCUUAGCAGGACACAAGGCUUUAUUGGUCCAGCAGUACUGAUCCAUCAGGAUGAUUUGGAUACUUCAGCUCUUGCUUUCACCGCUCCCAACACCUGCUGUGAUUGGUCUUCUUACUUUUGGAACAACUGUCUUCUUAUGGCUGAUAACCAAACCAAAACCAGUUGCACCACCUGUUGACUUGAACAAGCAGUCAAUUGGCACUGAGGGAGGAGCUAGAAGAAGCGCACUUGUAACUGAUGGCAAGCUUCUUACUUACUACUUUGAGGAUGCGAAGACCUUGUAUGAAACUUUCCAAAGAGGACGCUAUGUAUCUGAAAAUGGCCCCUGUUUAGGUUAUCGAAAACCAAAGCAACCUUACCAGUGGCUAUCUUAUCAACAGGUGCUGGACAGAGCUGAAUACCUAGGAUCAGGUCUCAUACACAAAGGAUGCAAACCUUCAUCAGAGCAGUUCAUUGGCAUCUUUGCCCAGAACAGACCAGAGUGGAUAAUCUCUGAAUAUGCCUGCUACACUUACUCAAUGGUUGCAGUUCCCCUUUACGACACCCUGGGCUCUGAGGCAAUUGUGUACAUUGUUAACAAAGCUGACAUCUCUUCAGUGAUCUGUGACAAACCAGAAAAAGCACGGGGGAUACUUGAGAACUGUGAACAAGGGAAGACACCAGGGUUGAAGAUAAUUAUCCUCAUGGAUCCUUUUGAUGACACACUAAAGGAAAGAGGAGCUAAACAGGGCAUUGAGAUUCUUUCAUUACAAGAAAUUGAGUCAAUAGGAAGAAAAAACCUAAGCAAACCAGUUCCUCCCAAGCCAGAAGAUCUUUGUAUGGUCUGUUUCACCAGUGGCACAACAGGUGACCCUAAAGGUGCUUUGCUAACACAUGAGAAUGUGGUUGCCAAUGCUGCUGCUUUCAUUAAGAGUAUAGAAAUGACUACUCCCUGCGUGACAUCAGAUAUAUCCAUGUCAUAUCUUCCUCUGGCUCACAUGUUUGAGAGAGUAGUGCAGACUGUAAUGUAUAGCAAUGGAGCUAAGGUGGGUUUCUUCCAAGGAGAUAUCAAACUUCUAACUGAAGACAUGAAAACUUUGAAGCCAACCAUUUUUCCAGUGGUGCCAAGGCUACUUAACAGGAUCUAUGAUAAGAUACAAAGUGGGGUCCAAACCAGGUUCAAGAAGUUACUCUUGAAAGUUGCUGUGGCCAGAAAGCAUGCUGAAGUGAAGGAGGGCAUUCUACGAAAUUCUAGCAUCUGGGACAAAUUGGUAUUCAACAAAGUCCAGGAAAUCAUGGGUGGGAAAGUACGAAUAGUAAUAACUGGCGCUGCCCCAAUAUCUCCAUCUGUCCUAAAAUUCCUCCGAGCAGCCUUUGGAUGUCAGGUCUUUGAAGCAUAUGGUCAGACAGAAUGCACAGCUGGCUGCACAUUCUCAUUGCCAGGAGAUUGGAAAACAGGACAUGUUGGACCACCUCUUGCCUGCAAUAUUAUAAAACUUGAAGAUGUUCCUGAAAUGAAUUAUUUUGCAUCAAACAAUGAAGGAGAGAUCUGCAUUAAAGGGCCAAAUGUAUUCAAGGGUUACCUGAAGGAUUCUGCAAAAACAGCAGAAGCACUUGAUAAGGAUGGAUGGCUUCAUACUGGAGAUAUUGGUACCUGGAUGCCGACUGGGGCAUUGAGAAUAAUUGACAGAAAAAAGAACAUCUUCAAACUAGCUCAAGGGGAAUAUAUUGCACCCGAAAAGAUUGAAAACAUCUACAUCAGAAGUGCUCCUGUAGCACAGGUCUUUGUGCAUGGAGAUAGCCUACAGUCUUUCUUGGUGGGUGUGGUGGUGCCUGAUGCUGAGACACUUCCAGAGUUUGCAAGAAAGUUGGGAGUAAAAGGUUCAUAUGAAGAACUCUGUAAAAAUGCAGCACUGAAGAAAGCUAUCUUGAUGGACAUGAUCAAGUUGGGGAAAGAAGCUGGCCUCAAAUCCUUUGAACAAGUGAAAGAUAUCUACCUUCAUCCAGAACAGUUUACGGUUGAAAAUGGACUCUUAACCCCAACACUGAAGGCAAAAAGAGCAGAAGUAUCGAAGUACUUCAGGAGUCAAAUUGAUGCCAUAUAUGCUACUAAUAUGUAGGUGGAAGGCAAAUGCUACCUCAGCUAAAUGCAUUUACAACAGAUUAUGAAAGCACUGACUAGGUACCUACAUACUUGGCUCAUGAAGAAACUAAAUCAAGCAGCUUAAGGAUCCUGUCCUUUUUGAAGAGCAAACAUGAAUACUUAAUAUAGUACUAGUUUCCAGUGCAUUCUGUAGAAAAAAAAAACAGCUGAUGUAUUCAAAUGUGGCAUGCCAGUCUAUUGUUCCAAACAUCUGGGAAUGCUAUCAGGCUCCAGUGCUAUUAUUCUUCAUUCUUCCUAUACCCUAAUUGAAAUGAAGAAGUCUUGAUGGUUUAGAUACUUGGAUUAUAUCGGAAAAAUAUAUCUCAGAAAUCUUAUGAAUAAUAUUAAGAGACCAUAAUGAACUUCUUCUAGCCUCACGGACUUGUAUGAUUAAACACUAAAUUAAUCUGCUUCUUACUUAAUGGUUUUACACUGUAACAGGCACAUGUAAUAUAUAUUUUUGAUACACCCAAUGGAUGGAUUUGUACAGUCACCUUUGUAUAUAUAUAUUUUUCUGAGCAAAGCCAUGCAUUUCACCAUUCUGUAUUGGGGAUUUGAAUAUACUGGUGUCAAAUGUACAUAGUCUCUCUUUUAAGUCAACCUAUCCAUCUUCUGCUAAGGGACACACUGAUUAUAUUAAUGCUGGCUGAAAACCAUGAAUGUGAAAAUAAAGAUAAAUAGCACUUUC